AAAGCGCUACAAGAACCUUGUUCUUUUUAUUUAUCCUCAAAUGAAUUUGUCCAAUAGCCUUAAUAUCUAUCUAUCAUCCGAUUUCUGAAAUAAGACCUUGAUUUAGAAACUCUCUCACUUACAACUUACAGCCAAUCUUCUUCUUCUUCUUCCUCUUCCUCUUCCUCUUCCUCUUCCUCUUCCUCGUCUCUUCCUGUACUCUAUUACCUCUCGUCUCACUUUAUUUGUCAUCUCCUUCUAGAGUCUUUCAAAUGACUUGCUCUCUAUAUUGAUGUAUUCUCAUCAUAACGAGAAUUGUAAAUAGAAGUAUUUGACGUCCAUUCGUUUCUGGAUUGAUUGGAUUUUCUUGAAGAUAUCCUAAGAUUGGGUGAAUCCUUCAACUCUGAAGGAUCAAGAACUCUUCACCAUCAGCUCUCCAAUACAUACAAACUUUACACAGUUUCUACAAAUACAACCCUGCGACAAGAUGCUCUCCACUUUCGCUUUGACAGCUACAACAGCGGUUCUAUUUGGUUCCUUGGUGGUUCAUGCCGAGAUUCAAUUAGAUAUAGAUGAUGAUAGUAAGUGUACAUCGACGGGUUUCCACUCAUGGAUUUCAAUUUACUAACCAAUUCUUCUUUUCUUCACUAUAGCUUCAAUUAAAAAUGCGGCUGCUACAAUCGCAUACGAUAUGAUGACAUAUUAUAAGGGAAAUCAAUCAGGAGGGAUACCUGGAGUUUUACCUGGACCUCCACCAGAUCCUAGUUGGGGUUGUAAGUUUAGAAUCUUUCCUUUUCUUUUCGGACUUGCGCAAAAGCAUAUACGAUAUCAAGAAGGAAUUUCAAACUGAUUAGAAUUCGUUUUCUAGACUAUUGGUGGGAAUCUGGUGCAAUGUGGGGGUCUCUUAUCGAUUAUUGGUAUUAUACUGGGGAUUCAUCUUAUAAUGACGAUGCGAUGGCGGGGAUUCAAUGGCAGACUGGAGCAAAUAAUGAUAUGAUGCCUGCGAAUUGGUCACAGUCUAUGGGAAAUGAUGAUCAAGGUUUUUGGGGAAUGACAGCUAUGAGUGCAGCGGAAUUGAAAUUCCCGGAUCCUCCUGCUGGAAGACCUGGAUGGUUGGCUUUAGCUCAAGCGGUUUUCAAUACUCAAGCUGUGAGAAUUGAUAAUGCUACUUGUGGUGGAGGGUAAGUUCUUGUAUUUUUGAGAUUGGGUACUGCGCAAGACUAAUGAUUGAUAGUUUACGUUGGCAAGUUUAUCCAUAUCUUACAGGAUACGAUUAUAAGAAUUCUAUCGCAAAUGGAUGUUUCUUCAACAUUGGGGCGAGACUCGCGAGAUAUACGAACAACGAAACUUACGCUCAGUAUGCCGAAGAAACAUGGAAUUGGGUCACAAAUGCUGGAUACAUGGAUAAGGAAUAUAAUAUUUAUGAUGGUGCUCACAUUGAAAAGAACUGUACGGAUAUUAAUAAGGUUCAAUUCUCUUAUAAUUCGGGGGUUUAUUUACUUGGUGCAGCGACCAUGUACAAUUAUGUAUGUUCUUUACUCUUCUCUCCUAUCUCUGAUUUGUGUCCUAAAAUAUGUAAACUAACAUACAAACAGACGAAUGGCUCUGAUGUUUGGAGAGAACGUGUUGAUGGACUACUCAAUGCUACCUUUAGGAACUUCUUUCCCACUAAUGACAUCGCCUACGAAAUCGCAUGCGAGGCAAAGCUUUCAUGUACAACUGAUAUGUUUUCCUUUAAAGCAUACCUCACCCGCUGGUUGGCUGCAACGACAAAAAUGGCACCUUACACUUAUGAAAAGAUUAUGCCAUAUCUAAGAGCAUCUGCAAUUGCAGCUGCACAACAAUGUUCAGGUUCAAGUCCAUUCAAUGGUAGAACAUGUGGAUUAAGUUGGAGUAAAGGAACUGAUUGGGAUGGAACCUCUGGAGUAGGACAACAAAUGGCUGCCAUGAGUGUGAUAUUUUCAAAUUUGGUUCAGAAAACUCAAGCUCCAGUUACGAAUAGUACUGGAGGAACAAGUGUGGGAAAUCCUGACGCAGGAAGUGGUAGCACGAGUACUUUGGAUCCGGUUUCACCACCGAAUACGGGGGAUAGAGUGGGUGCCGGAAUUGUUACUACGGUUGUACUUUUGGGGAUGACGGGUAUGUUUGGGUGGAUGAGUUUCUAGAUUGUGGUGGAUGAGGGGUGUGGGAAGGGCCAGGGGGAAAACUAGGAAAUGGAGUUGAGGAACUAAUGUUAAUGCUUUCUUACGUGGAUUUGGACGAAUAUGGAUAUGGUGUUGGCGUGCACUUUUCAUCAAGUUGAUGUAGUUAGAUGAGAAAGGAGUCAGACUGGAUGAGAAAGAAGAUGGAUAGGAUGGAUAUGAAAGCUUGAGGGGAUUAUCGGCUUUGAAUUAUUGUAUUGUAUUGUACUUUAUGUACAUACACUACUUUACCUAAGGAUAUACACAUGAAGAGGAUGAGUAGGUAUUGGUGGUAGAGAAUGAAUGAAAAGGAUGAAAUUUGAAGAUUUAUCGUCGU